AUGAGAAACAGCUACAGACAGCUUGCCCCACCCCUGCUCUUUAAGCCCCUCCCCCUGUCCUCAGUGCCCCACCCCUGCUCUCUAAGCCCCACCCCCAGCUGUCUAAGCCCUCCCCCUGUCCUCAGUGCCCCACCCCUGCUCUCUAAGCCCUCCCCCUGUCCUCAGUGCCCCUGCUCUUUAAGCCCCUCCCCCUCCCUCCCCCGGUCCUCAGUGCCCCACCCCUGCUCUCUAAGCCCCUCCCCUCAGUGCCCCACCCCCAGCUCUCUAAGCCCUCCCCCUGUCCUCAGUGCCCCACCCCUGCUCUCUAAGCCCCUCCCCCUGUCCUCAGUGCCCCACCCCUGCUCUCUAAGCCCCACCCCCAGCUCUCUAAGCCCUCCCCCUGUCCUCAGUGCCCAACCCCUGCUCUCUAAGCCCCUCCCCCUGUCCUCAGUGCCCCACCCCUGCUCUCUAAGCCCCUCCCCCUGUCCUCAGUGCCCCACCCCCAGCUCUCUAAGCUCCUCCCCCUGUGCUCUAAAGGGCAGCAGACAGAAGCACAGUCCGUUGUGUGUGGUCUCCCAUCACAUCGUGCCCCACAGUCUGCUGCUGAGCAUCCCCAGCUGGGAGGAGAAAGGGUGA